GGAAGAUGGGGGGCCGCAUGCCCCACCACUGCCAAAUGACCUGCUGCCCCUACACAGCCCCAAGCCGAGGCGAGUUAGCCCGGUAAGCCUCCUCCCCUCCCGCUUCGGGCUGUUUGAGCCCGCGCCCGCUCCAGUUGCUGCAGCUGCCACUGCUGGCGGCUGCGGGGCGCGCGGGGCGCGCGCCGAAGAGGCUCGGGCUGCGAGAACGGGGACGAGGAGGAGCCCGAGGAGGCAAGGAGGAAGAAGCGAGCGGAGGCCGAGGAAGCUCAGGGUCACAGAGACCCGGCCCGAAGGGGUCCCGCAGAGCAUCGGCUAGCUGGCCGCGGAGGCAGGGCAGACCGCCGCAACCAACCUGCCGCGGCCCCGCGAGCACAGGAGGCGGCGAUCCAGGAGCGGAGCGCAGCCCCGGGGAGGAAGGGUGGCGCGGGCACGCCCGGUCGGGAGGGCGCGGAUUCUCCGAUCCUAAGGAGCUGUCGCCUCAUCACCCGAGAGAGCUGUGCGGGGACGGGCGGGAGACCCCGGGCCCGGGCGCAGCGCACACGCGUGGCGCACGCCAGGCGGGCCGGGCGGCGCCGAGGGUACGCGGGAUCGCGCUCACGGAGCUUCGGGAGGCACAGACCCCGGGCGCGGACCGCCCGCGGCGCCCCCUGGGCUCUCGGUGCUCCGCGCAGCCCCGGGGGCGAUCGGGGCCGGGGUCGGGGAGUGGGAGCCACCCUCCCUCAUCCCCUCCCCCCCCCGGGCCGGCCGGCAGCCCGGGGGAGGGCGGGCGGCGGCGCUUGGCUGUAUAUAUCUCCGCACACCCUGCCAGGUCGCGCACAGCGCCCCGAGCCCAGGCGCCUCCCCGCCCCCCUCCCGGCGCUCCGCGGCGGCGGCGGCAGCGGCAGCAGUAGCAGCAACAUGGCUGUUGAUGGGUGUUCGGGGUGGCGCUGGCGGCGGGAGGAGCUCCCUCGAGCCCCUGCGCCUGCCGCCCAUUGCUAGCUAUGGCAAACGGUGGCGGCGGCGGCGGCGGCAGCAGCGGCGGCGGCGGCGGCGGCGGCGGAGGCAGCGGUCUUAGAAUGAGCAGCAAUAUCCACGCGAACCAUCUCAGCCUAGACGCGUCCUCCUCCUCCUCUUCCUCCUCCUCUUCUUCUUCUUCCUCCUCCUCUUCCUCCUCGUCCUCGGUCCACGAGCCCAAGAUGGAUGCGCUCAUCAUACCGGUGACCAUGGAGGUGCCGUGCGACAGCCGGGGCCAACGCAUGUGGUGGGCUUUCUUGGCCUCCUCCAUGGUGACUUUCUUCGGGGGCCUCUUCAUCAUCUUGCUCUGGCGGACGCUCAAGUACCUGUGGACCGUUUGCUGCCACUGCGGGGGCAAGACGAAGGAGGCCCAGAAGAUAAACAAUGGCUCCAGCCAGGCAGAUGGUACUCUCAAGCCAGUGGACGAAAAAGAGGAGGUGGUGGCAGCCGAGGUCGGCUGGAUGACAUCUGUGAAGGACUGGGCAGGGGUGAUGAUAUCCGCCCAGACACUGACUGGCAGAGUCCUGGUUGUGUUAGUCUUUGCUCUCAGCAUUGGUGCCCUCGUAAUAUACUUCAUAGACUCGUCAAACCCAAUAGAAUCCUGCCAGAAUUUCUACAAAGAUUUCACAUUACAGAUCGACAUGGCUUUCAACGUGUUCUUCCUCCUCUACUUUGGCUUGCGGUUUAUUGCAGCCAACGAUAAGCUGUGGUUCUGGCUGGAAGUGAAUUCAGUAGUAGAUUUCUUCACAGUCCCUCCUGUGUUUGUGUCUGUGUACUUAAACAGAAGUUGGCUUGGCUUGAGAUUUUUAAGAGCUCUCAGACUGAUACAGUUUUCAGAGAUUUUGCAGUUUCUGAAUAUCCUUAAAACAAGUAACUCCAUCAAGCUGGUGAAUCUGCUCUCCAUAUUUAUCAGCACGUGGCUGACUGCAGCUGGAUUCAUCCACUUGGUGGAGAAUUCAGGGGACCCAUGGGAAAAUUUCCAAAACAACCAGGCACUUACGUACUGGGAAUGUGUCUACUUACUCAUGGUCACAAUGUCUACAGUGGGUUAUGGGGACGUUUAUGCAAAAACCACACUUGGACGCCUCUUCAUGGUCUUCUUCAUCCUCGGGGGACUGGCCAUGUUUGCCAGCUACGUCCCUGAAAUCAUAGAGUUAAUAGGAAACCGCAAGAAAUACGGGGGCUCCUAUAGCGCGGUUAGUGGAAGAAAGCACAUUGUAGUCUGUGGACACAUUACUCUGGAGAGUGUCUCUAACUUCCUGAAGGACUUUCUGCACAAGGACCGGGAUGAUGUCAACGUGGAGAUUGUCUUUCUUCACAACAUCUCCCCUAACCUUGAGCUUGAGGCUCUGUUCAAACGGCAUUUCACUCAGGUGGAGUUUUAUCAGGGCUCUGUCCUCAAUCCACAUGAUCUUGCCAGAGUCAAGAUAGAGUCAGCAGAUGCAUGCCUGAUCCUUGCCAAUAAGUAUUGCGCUGACCCGGAUGCAGAAGAUGCCUCCAACAUCAUGAGAGUGAUCUCCAUCAAAAACUACCACCCAAAGAUCAGGAUCAUCACUCAGAUGCUGCAGUAUCACAACAAGGCCCAUCUGCUCAACAUCCCCAGCUGGAACUGGAAAGAGGGUGAUGACGCAAUAUGCCUUGCAGAGCUCAAGUUGGGUUUCAUAGCCCAGAGCUGUCUGGCUCAAGGCCUCUCCACAAUGCUUGCCAAUCUCUUCUCUAUGAGGUCAUUCAUAAAGAUUGAGGAAGACACAUGGCAGAAAUACUACUUGGAAGGAGUCUCCAAUGAAAUGUACACAGAAUAUCUCUCCAGUGCCUUCGUGGGUCUGUCCUUCCCUACUGUUUGUGAGCUGUGUUUUGUGAAGCUUAAGCUCCUGAUGAUAGCCAUUGAGUACAAGUCUGCCAACAGAGAGAGCCGAAGCCGAAAGCGAAUAUUAAUUAACCCUGGGAACCACCUUAAGAUCCAAGAAGGUACUUUAGGAUUUUUCAUCGCAAGUGAUGCCAAAGAAGUUAAAAGGGCAUUUUUUUACUGCAAGGCCUGUCAUGAUGACGUCACAGAUCCCAAAAGAAUUAAAAAAUGUGGCUGCAGGCGGCUGAUCUAUUCCAAGAUGUCCAUCUACAAGAGAAUGAGACGAGCAUGUUGUUUUGAUUGCGGACGUUCUGAGCGUGACUGCUCGUGCAUGUCAGGCCGUGUGCGUGGUAACGUGGACACCCUUGAGAGAACCUUCCCGCUUUCUUCUGUCUCUGUUAAUGAUUGCUCCACCAGUUUCCGUGCCUUUGAAGAUGAGCAGCCGCCAACCCUGUCACCAAAAAAAAAACAACGUAAUGGGGGCAUGAGGAACUCGCCCAACACCUCCCCGAAGCUGAUGAGGCAUGACCCCUUGUUAAUUCCUGGCAAUGAUCAGAUUGACAACAUGGACUCCAAUGUGAAAAAGUACGACUCCACUGGAAUGUUUCACUGGUGUGCACCCAAGGAGAUUGAGAAAGUCAUCUUGACUCGAAGUGAAGCUGCCAUGACUGUCCUGAGUGGCCAUGUCGUAGUCUGCAUCUUUGGGGAUGUCAGCUCAGCCCUGAUUGGCCUCCGGAACCUGGUGAUGCCACUUCGUGCUAGCAACUUUCACUAUCAUGAGCUCAAACACAUUGUGUUUGUGGGCUCCAUUGAGUACCUCAAGAGGGAGUGGGAAACACUGCACAACUUCCCGAAAGUGUCCAUAUUGCCUGGUACACCAUUAAGUCGGGCUGAUUUAAGGGCUGUCAACAUCAACCUCUGUGACAUGUGCGUUAUCCUGUCAGCCAAUCAGAAUAAUAUUGAUGAUACUUCGCUUCAGGACAAGGAAUGCAUCUUGGCGUCACUCAACAUCAAAUCUAUGCAGUUUGAUGACAGCAUCGGGGUCUUGCAGGCUAAUUCCCAAGGAUUCACACCUCCUGGAAUGGACAGAUCAUCACCCGACAACAGCCCAGUGCACGGGAUGUUACGCCAGCCGUCCAUCACAACUGGGGUCAACAUUCCCAUCAUCACGGAACUCGCUAAGCCGGGCAAGUUGCCUUUGGUAUCAGUCAAUCAGGAAAAAAACAGUGGGACGCACAUUCUAAUGAUAACGGAGUUGGUGAAUGAUACCAAUGUUCAGUUUUUGGACCAAGACGAUGACGAUGACCCUGACACAGAGCUGUACCUCACACAGCCCUUUGCUUGUGGGACAGCAUUUGCCGUCAGCGUCCUGGACUCACUCAUGAGCGCGACAUACUUCAAUGACAAUAUCCUCACCCUAAUACGGACCCUGGUGACAGGAGGAGCCACACCAGAGCUCGAGGCUCUAAUAGCUGAGGAGAAUGCACUUCGAGGAGGCUACAGCACUCCGCAGACAUUGGCCAACAGGGACCGUUGCCGAGUGGCCCAGUUAGCCCUGUUAGAUGGUCCCUUUGCAGACUUAGGGGAUGGUGGUUGUUAUGGUGAUCUGUUCUGCAAAGCUCUGAAAACAUAUAAUAUGCUUUGUUUUGGAAUUUACCGGCUGAGAGAUGCCCACCUCAGCACCCCCAGCCAGUGUACAAAAAGGUACGUCAUCACCAAUCCUCCCUACGAGUUUGAGCUCGUACCAACAGACCUGAUCUUCUGCCUGAUGCAGUUUGACCACAACGCUGGCCAAUCCCGGGCCAGUCUGUCUCAUUCCUCCCACUCCUCACAGUCGUCCAGUAAGAAGAGCUCCUCCGUCCACUCCAUCCCGUCCACAGCAAAUCGGCCGAACCGGCCCAAGUCCAGGGAGUCCCGCGACAAACAGAAUGCAACAAGGAUGACUAGAAUGGGCCAAGCAGAAAAGAAAUGGUUUACAGAUGAGCCGGAUAAUGCCUAUCCCAGAAACAUUCAAAUCAAGCCCAUGAGUACCCACAUGGCUAACCAGAUCAACCAAUAUAAAUCCACAAGCAGCCUGAUCCCUCCAAUCAGAGAAGUUGAAGAUGAAUGUUGACUCCCAGGAGACCAGAACUAUUUUUUUAAAGCCUGACAAACUUCAUAAAUGGUGACGUGACUUUUCUUCCUCUUACAUGCUGAAUCACUGGUGGAAAUUCUAGAAUAAGCAAGAAUUGCAAGAAAAUAAAGUUAGACAGAUCUUUCUCUUUGCCUUGAAUACUGCUUCCAUGUAUUUUGGAAAAGAAAAUGAUUUCAUUUAUAAAUGAACAUACUAAAAUAGUCAUGUAUAGCUUCUAGUGUUUUAAAUUAUUUUUAUUUAUUAGAAAGAAAAUAUAUUUUUUCUUUUUUUUUCAUUGCCAGAUAUCUUCCCAUAUAUCACAGCAAUGCAAAAUCAAAAUGAGUUAGUGGCCAGAUUCCUUGAUGCACAUUUCUCUUCUUUCUCUCUUUUUCUUUGAGGAGAAUGAUGGUCACCACCCCAAUUUGUAAAGAAGGGAAAUGGAUUACUAAAACAAAUUUAAGAUGGCCAACAUUGUAUGCACAUAGUUCAGUAAAUCAAAAAAAAAAAAAAGUCAAAAGAGCGGAGGUGAAUAUUUCCCCCUCUCCUGGACGGGUGUAUGUUUUGAUCUGCAUUGACACCAGCUCUUAACAAAUCAAACUUCAUUAUCUUCCCAGUUGAAAGUCAUUAUCUUUGUAGUUUCAGUUUUCCUCCAGUGUUUCUUAUCCUUUGUUUAUAUAUUUAGAAGAAAGAGCUUCUUGUAACAUUUCUGCAGUUGCCAGAUCAGGUUUAAGCAACCAGCUCAGGAUAUGGGGAAGGGUUAUAGGCACACCUAGAAUGUGAAGGUCGUGAGCCAGAGGCACCCAAGAGCAGACUCUGUUGUUCUCAUGGUGAGGCCUCCUCCGCCAUUCUUUAUGCUCCCUGUUUCAUACUUCUAAGGCACCCAUGCAAGUCAUGUGGACUGUGGGAGAGUCUGCUAUGUUCUUUUCCCUGCUCAGAGCUUUUAGCCUGAAAGUUGGUGAACAUCAACGAAUACUUUACCUAACAAUAGGAUCUAAGAAGUAUGCAUGCUUACCACAAAUUUUUGGUUCGGUAGUCUGUCAAGGAGAUGACUUUUGCUCAGAUUUUCAUUUGUUGGCUUUCCUUGGUUGAAUUGCUGGGAUAAAACAUUCAAACUCGCUAAAAUACUUACAAAAAAAGAAAACCAACCAACCAACUAACCAACCAACCAACCAACCAACCAACCAAAAACCAGUAAACAACCAAAAGGAAAGUAAGUCAUGCUCUUAACAUAGACUGUUAGAAAAAGGCCUUGGAAAAUUACCAGCAAUGAAAUAAAAUGUAUCAGCCACUUCAACGUGUGGUCAAAAGAUUUUUCUAGCCAUCAGAUGCAAUCGUGAUGUCUGAGCUCUGCUGUUGCAUGCAUGCCCAGUGUACAGUCACCUCAACAACUGUUUCAUUCCAACGACUCAGAAAGUCUUUUCAACUUCACAGUGAUCGACCUUUGAUAUGAUCAUCAGGGUCUCUGGAGAAUCCUGGGUGUGACUGUGAUUUUUAUUUCCUUAGAAAUGUAAAAUGUGAACACUUUUCCAAACCAACAAAAAUUGCCCCUACAGACCCAUGACAUCUCUUCCAUGAACUCUUUAGGCCAUGAUUCUGUGGUACCUAGUUAUGAUAGUACAAAUCAGAUCAGAGAAAAGCAAUGUGAUCACUAUGGAAACAUGUCCACUAAGGACUCCAAUUACCAAUGUAGGCAAAAUGAGCUUCCACCUCUGUCCACUCCCUGCAGAGCCAAUAUAGCUGUGCUUCCACCUUGUAGGCGUUGUCCUGCAGUGACUUGUCAGACUGUGGUUACUCUGUUGUCACACUUUGUAGAAUUAGUUCUAUAAAAGUAUUGUGAAUAUAAUGUGUGUCCAAUUGGAUUGUUAACACAAAAAUAUUUAUAACCAAUCACUAGUCUACUCAGGCUAAAAUGAUGUCAGCAGUUUUAUAUUCGGGCUUAUAAACAUUUCUUGGUUUCCAACAGAACUCAGAUGUGUUGGUGGGGAGAAUCCACUGCCAGAAUCUUGACAGCAUUCCUGAAAGCUAAGACUUCCUUUAACAUCAUGAUUUUGCAUUUGGGGUUACCUAAGUACAUUCAUGUCAAUCCACGCUCUUCUUUCCUUCCUGAACCAUAGUAGGCUCUUCUUUACACUCAUUCCAAUUAGUCUUACCUCUGAAUUUGUCUUAGUUCCUUAAUCUCCCAUGGUGACCAAUGUUUUUUACCUAAAUAAUUUUCCAUCAGAAAAAUAAUGGUCUCAACACUACCCCAUGGAAGGCAGGACUCAGAAGCAUAAUCCCCAUUUCCCACUCUAGCUAGAGAUUUAAAUCUAAACUUGUUUCUCAACCACAAUGGCUCUAAUAGUUUCCUACACUAAGUGACUCCCUCCACUCACCAAUCAGCUUCCAAAGCCCUAGAUAGUAGAAAUCCAUUUCCUUCUAUGAUAGAGUAAUAAAUGAGGAAGAGGUCAAGCAUGAUUCUCAGAUUGUCCAGAAAAUGACCAUGUGGUGGCCCCAUCUGGCAAAAGCUUAUGGCAACUCAGUUGAAACAGAAAUAACAUUUGUUAAAAAAGAACUGAAGGGCUCAAGACAACAUGCAAAGUUCCCAGUUUGCAUCUGUUGGUUGAGUUCUGAGUUCUCUGUAGGAUUAAAUAGUCUUUCCAUCCACAUUAGGCCAAUGGUGGUCCUCUUUGGAAUAUUCCACAUUAGAAGGGUCUGAUCUUUAGUCCCUGAUUAGGGUUUCAGAAAAGCUAUCUUGGCAAACUAAUGAUGCUUGGAUGCUUUGGGAAUCAGACCAUUUGUAAAAUAGAAACUACCUGUGUACAUCAUUGUAUAAUGAUGAUGUACCUGUAAACAUUGUACCUGUGUACAUCAUUGCCAUCACCAUCUUUCUCAUGAAUGCAGUUUGUCUUCGUUUAAGCAACUGUAUUUUGAAAUUACUCUCCCCUGCUAUAGCAAAUAGAAGACAUUCACUUAAGGUGUUUUAUAUUUAUAAAUUGAUUACGUCUAAGUCACUUGGAAGAACAGCCUUCCUUCUACAAGUUGCACUUUGUUUUUGUUGUUAUUUGUUUGUUUGUUUUUAAGUGUUGGAAGACUUUAGUAAAGGAAUUAGAAUGGUUUUGGGUUGAGUUGGAAGUGUAGACUGGGAAAAUGUAUGAAAUUAGAGAUAUUUUGAAUGGAGAACAGAAAGUUUCCAACUGUGCCUGAUUUAGAAGUUCAAGAGCACUCAUAUAAUUUUAGCUAUUAACUAUAAAAAUGUUCUUUAAAUUCUUCAAGUUUCAUUGACUUAAACAUGAGGUUGGUUCGUGGAGAUGGCGAAGGUCUUUUUCAGACCAACUAAAGCAGUGGUUGCCUUACCUCAGCCAAGCCCUGGGAGAUUAUUUUUUUUCCAGAGCUGUAAUUAUGGCUCUCUGGCCAUAUUAUCCAUAUAGCAUUUCUGAGCUAAACACAGCAUCCACUCUCUGCUCUGGACAAAGAACAGUCAGGUUCAUUUCUAUAUUCUCCAGUUUGAAAGCUCUUAGAGUGGAGAUGCAAAGGUUUACCUUCAGCCUCACCUCCACCACUGAUGAGCUGGGUUUAGUCAUUCUGGUUUCUUUUUACAGCCUUCCUUCCCACCUUCCCUGUGUCUUGGUGCAGUGGAGAUUGGAUAGUCUCUUCAUUUUUAGCCCACAUCUCCAAUAGUAUGUAGAAAGAGUUUGGACAACCCUACUCUGCUACUGCUAUUCCCAUUCAUGUCCCCUCUCUACACUCACCCUUACUUCUCAUUUCAUUCCAUUUGUCUGGUUGUGCCCACGUUAGCACAAUGUCUUUGCUGCUUACAUUCAAAAGUGCCAUUAUGAGUUGUCAAUAUCAUCGUCCAGGAGGACCUCGUGGAAAGAAUGAUAGAAAGAGGUAGAAAAGUACAACAAAAAUCAGUAUCAGACAAGUGACUCAGAGUCAUCUUGAUUACCAAAAGAUCACACAAAUUCACUGAACAUUAAAUUCUAGCCCAAGAUCUGCCCAUUUUUAUUUUAACCAUAUUUUCUGCUUUUGGAAUGGUGGUAAAGUCAUAGAUACAGUAGCCCUCACUACUUAUCUCUUUAGCCAUCAUUUUCAAAAACUUAGACAAACUGAAGAAUCACUUUCAACUUUCCCACUAGAUUCUCUUUCUGCCUCUGCUGUUUCCCCCAUGUUUUAAACAAGUAUGUUUCUGCAAUAGAACAAUGAUUUCUCAUUUAAAUCUCAUAACCUCUUGAUAAAACAAGGAGUCCCUUUGGACUCAUUUAGGUUAUUUAAACUAAGUUUAUUUUUAAGUGGUCAUAGCCCAUACCUAUUAAUAAUUCCAAGAUUACCACUAAAAUAAGGCUAUGCAGAGGACAUUUUAAAUUUCAGUUUUGAAUACCUAUGGUAAGAGUGAUUUUAAAAUAUUUAAAAGAUUAAGAAAGGGACCCAUGUAGCCCUACACUUGUUAGAAUCCCCCCUGCAUUCCAGUCUCACAUGGCUUCAUGGAGAAAUGAUUCUCUUUUAGACUUUUUGUUCUAGAUCACUCUUUUUAACUGUGCUUUUGAGCAUGAAAAUGCACAACUCAGAGUAUAUAUCAAAAGGCUAGAAGGAAGAACAAAAAGAGAUAGAUGCAACACUUUAAGAAGCCCUGGAAAGAGGUGGUACUUACGUAGAAAAGAAGAGGUUCCCUUGAAUCAUGAAUGGGAAAAAUAAUAGGCUGGGCUGUGGAGACUUUUCAAUAGGAAAUACUUAGUUUUUGACUGGAGGCACAAGGAUCGUGAGUUUUGUUUUGUUUUGUUUUGUUUUGUUUUGUUUUGUUUUUCCAAUGAAAGAGGCCUUCAGGAGCUAUAAUGCACUAGUACCAAGAUGAUUUUGCUAUAUGGAACAACUUACCUUCAAAAAUAAGUUUGUGUCCAUGUACUUACUGAAAACAAUGUAUGGCAAGAGUUCAUGGAAGGAACUAGGAAGUGGAUGGUUGAAGAGCCACAUUGAAAUCAGAGCAUUGAUUUAGAAAGUCAGAGAGAACCAUGGAAAGGGCCGCACAAGGAGCGAUGGGUAGUGGUGACUGUACCCUUUGGGGUUGAAGCCUUUGAGACAUUCUAUUCUUUCUGGAAAGCAUCACAGAAACAUAGGCUCUCAAGUUGAACCAUCUCUCAGCAACUUGAGAUCCUGUGAUUGCACUCAAUAACAGCUCACCAUGAAGAACACCUACCUUCUUCCUACAUUUCCACCUUGUCAUGCAGUACUCAAUUAUUAAAACACCCAUGGGUCCACCACACAGAUUAAAGGAAAGGAAAAGAUUUUCAGAUUAUUUUACAAAAGAGUCCUGCUGGUUAUACUAUUUUACAGACACUAAUAUAAUAACAGACACCAGGGAGACCACCAAAAAAAAUCAUAGAAUAAUCAAGAAUUUAGUUGGAGGAAUGAGUAUGACACAUUCUUGCUUGCAGUAAGCUUGAAAUCCAACUUAAAGGAGCACCCUAAAGAGCCAGUAGAGAAAAAAUAAGCAUGGCUAGAACACUGCCCUCCAAUAGAGCAGGAGAUAAGAAACAAGCAGUUUGAAGCAGUUAAUCAAGCGUUGUAGACUAGACGGUGUUUCAGAGUUAAGUAUGCUGAGGAGCAACAUCCCAGCUCAUUCAGGAACAUGGAUGGAUCAAUGAUUUCAUGAGUUGAUCGAGUAGUCCCUGUGCACCUGUUGCUGGACAGCUUGUGUCCCUUCUUGGCAACAGGAGACAUGUUAUGUAGAACAUGCAUCCAAUAAAGACUUUUAAUUGGAUGGGCUACAUAGCAAGUAAGUACCAUGACAGCUGUGGAAGUUUGACUUGGAUUCUAAGGAUGGGCAGUUUGAAAGAGUCUAUAAAAAGUAAUGGUUUGCUGCAGACCCCAAGGACAGAGCAGUGCAGAGGGACAGAAAGAAGAGGAGAGAUGAGAAUGUGAGACAAGAAUUUAGACAGCUGAGAAAGGGGCUGCUUUCAUCCCUAUAAAAAGGAGGGGAGAGAUCCAUUUCAAUCAUGAAGGUAUUCUGGACUGAAGAUGCAAACAGCUGAGAAGAUGUUUUGGGAGGUCCAGAUCAUGAGGAAGCCCCCUUUAGCCCCCCCGCCCCUGUGAUUCAGGUAAUUAUAAAGGGAGAAGUCUGGAUGAGGUUUUUCAAUGAAGAAAACAUAGGCUUAGAUGACAGGUCAGUAGAACUGUCUGGAGGCUAUAGCCAAGUUUUCAGGGGCUCAAUGGAGCAAACCAAGCUGAUAUGAUUAGGACAGAAUAUCUUUUUAGUAUUGGGAGAGUGGGAAACAGAAAGGAGGGCUUAAAAUAGAGAAAAUGAACCAGUAACUGAGGGUUGAGAUACAGGGGAUCUGAAAUAGUGAAGUAAUGAGGCAGACUGUAAGGACCAAUUUCUCCUUUUGUCUUUAUCUCAUGUGGUUGCCAUGAAGACUGGAAUGAGUGGGAAAGUAGCAGGUCAUUCUCGGUCAGUUUUUACACCAUGGAAAUGGGGUACACGGGGUACCCAGGUCAUCAGCAUGCCCUCUAAAGUACCCACAGAAAGGUCUUGAGAGGUGGUCUCUCCUUUCAUCAGUUCAUAUCACCCCCGUUGUACCUCAUCCCUCAUGCAUAGCACACCCAGAACCUUCUAGUUGCAACAGUCUUCAUACACAAAAUGCAAAGGUCGCCUUGUUCUGGUGGCUUUUCUGGACCGGGGUAAACAGGAAUGCUUUUUGGCCAAGUGAAAACUGAGCUCCUUUCUAGGUAGAAUAUUACAUUGAAAAGAGAUUUCCCCUGGUCUGUUUAUCCCAUGAGAAACUUCUGUGUUUCUUCUUGUCCUCCAAAGCUGACCCCGAAGCUCCCCAGGGCCUGUCUUAGGAAACAGCACCUGUCCUGCUGUUUAGAGUCUUCGAUGGAAAUGUACACACACAACACAUGUGCCUGUCAAAGCAUCCCCGAACUUCCUGCCCUAGGGAUCCAGGAGGUAGCCAUCCAGGAGGAGGUUGUCAUAGGGAAGGACAGGAGGAGGUAGUCAUCCAGGAGGAGGUAGUCAUGGGGGGAAGGAGCCCCUAUAACGAGACAAGUCAAGCCCCAGGUCUCCACGAAACCAGAGCCGUUCCCCUUCUCCUUCCGCUGUGUACACAUUUGACCAGAACUGCAACAUUUCAAACAUAAACCCAGAUCUGCCUGGAAAUCCUAAUUAAAAACGUUCCAUUCCCAGGUGGUACAAUCACAUCCUGCCUAAAGUGUCUGGCUCACGGCCCACCACACAGAUGCCGAAAAGAGACUUUUCCCCACUUAACACCAAAACCUUCAUUUGGGAUUUCUUUAGGGGACAAAGGGAAAAAAAAAACCAAUUCAGAGGUACCCAUAUGCAGAGGUCAGCCUACAACACAUUCAUUAAGGGAAAAGAGCGUGGUUUGUUUCUUUGUCUUUCACACUUUGAUUGCUGGCAUGGUGACUGUGGCUAUGAUGAAUUAUGUAACCAGACAGGAACUGGAGAAGAGAAUAAAUGCUGGUGCUCUGAAAUGACCUACCCAACUCUGUCAUCUGUAACAACCAGUGAUAACUCUCUUGUCUUGUAAAAAGGGUUUGUACAUAACUUGUACAUGGUUUCAUUUUGUAUUUUUCGCAGAUUAAAAAUUUAUGUAUUUGUGUUCUAAAACAA